UUCGAAGCUAAAAAUUGAUGAUUGAUUGAUCAAUUUUUAAUUUCUGACUUCUGAUUUAUGAUUAAUGGCUUAUUGUAGAAGGCCCAUAAUGGACUAAUCCAUGGUGUAAAAAGCUUUAAAAGCUUUUUACACCAUGAAUGAAUCCAAGCAUAACGUUUGCAGCAUUCGCAACAUUUGCAAGAAGCAAGUGGACCGCAACCAAGAUCUAAUAUCAAAAUAACGUCUUAAUAAAAAAUAUCGUUCUAACUUGUACUGUCAUCAAUCACAAUCAAGAUUGCGAUCUCACGUUUUUUAAAUCGCUCGACUUUGAUUUACUCUUACGACCUUAUAAUUACUAAUAAAUAGCGCAUGCUCACUUCCACUCACAACUGUUGAAUUGUUCAACACUGCUCACAUCGUAGUGUAGCGUGGUUGUGAUGGGUUCGGGUUUUCUAACCUGAAUAUAGUCGUCAUUUUAACGAGUCAUAAUAUUCAUAUUUCAGUUUGCGGGGCAGAGUGACGCUUAUUUCUAUCAGAUUCUUUUGUUUCAUGCAAAAAUACAUUGAAUAAGACUAAUUUUAUUGAUUUUUGUGCGGGAGUAGUCCGAACAAUUACCGUACAUUUUUACUAAUUUUUACUAUUAAGACUUGCAGUGAAAAGUUAUUCUAAAUAAAUACCAAUUGCGAUUAUUGCAUUUUUGUCUCAAAACCAACAAGGCAAUUAUGGAUAUACAAACAGCAAAUACUCGAAGAAAAAUAUUGAGUCAAGUAGUUUCUAGUAUUUUAGUAGAGUGUGGUUAUGAUACGUGUGAGAAACAAGUAUUGGAAACACUCACCGAAAUGUUACAGUCAUUUAUUGUGGAGAUUGGUGCUUCAGGAAGAAAUUAUUGUGAACUUUCUGGGAGAACAGAGCCUCUUAUAGCAGAUGUGAUAUUGGCAUUAAUUAAUAUGGGCAUAAAAUUAGAUAAUAUAGAGACUUACGCAAAACGACAAAGUAGGACAGUCCUGCCAACACUUCAGCAACAGACGCAAGCAAAACAAUUGAAUAUCUUGCAAGCUGGUGUUAAGCAAGGCCAUCCAUCACAUAUACCAAAUUAUUUACCAUCUUUUCCUGAUCCACAUGCCUACAUUAGAACUCCGACACAUAAGCAACCAGUAACUGAAUAUGAAGCAAUUAGAGAAAAGGUAGCAACGCAAAAACGAGAUAUCGAGAGAGCUUUAACAAGGUUCAUUGCCAAAACAGGAGAAACACAUAGUUUAUUUCUCACAGAAGAUAAUAGCAUGUUUCCUUUAAUAUCCUGUAAACCACAAUUUCCAAGUUAUAUCUCUGCUCUUUUACCUCAAGAUCAAAUAUUCGAACCAGAUCCAGAUUUUCAAUUUGAUUCAAGUCCUGUGAAAAAGAAGAAAGAGCAACAGAACGAAGAUAGACUUACAGAGGAAGGUAACCAAACACAAAACGAAAAUAUGGAGCAAAAUGGUGAAACUAUUACUCAGCAAGAUGUUAUAGAUAAUCCAUAUUUAAGACCUGGAAAAAUUCCUAAAAAUAAAAUGUCAAGUACAACAAUACCGGGACAGCAUUCUGUUCAAAAAGAGCUACUUGAAUGUUAAGUAUUACGAUGUAAUAUUAAUUACUAUAUACAAUGAGAUUCGAAAAGUUCAUGAUGAUGGUAUCUUUAUGAAUUGCAACUGGAAACUCGAACUCUUUAUGUAUAGAUCCAUAUUUUAUAUUUGAUCCGUUUUUAUACCUGAAUCAUUAAAUUAGACGAUAAUAAUUUUAUUUUUAUUCUGUACUUAUAUGAAAGUAUUUCGAAAUACAUUCAUCACUGAAAAUAUAUAUUAUAACAUUCCAUCGAUUUUUAGAAUUGAUCCACGUCAUAUGCGCGCAUGUUAUGUACUCGCACAUGUAACACAUAUUAAGAAAUAAUUAUCAUCAUAUUAAAAAACUCCAUCAUAUAGCAAUAUUAAUUAAAGCAUGUAGCAUAUAUU